AUGUUUGUGAAGAAAUAUAGCGACUGUCACAUUCUUGUAGAUGAUCCAUCAUCGCUAACUACUGACCAAUUAAGCAAAUUACAAUAUUACGGAUUCCAACUUUUCACAAACACCAAUAUUUUAGCCGCAAUUUUGUCCAAAGACACUUCACAUUUAGAAAUUACCAAAACACCAUCUAUUCCUAAACAAAUACAAAUUAAGGCUGAACCUGAGGGUCUUAAGAGAAAAGAAAUACCACCUCCAGUGGUGGAUGAAGACGCCACAGACGACGAAUUGGCUCAGCCCAAAACAGAACCUCCCACAAAGAAAGUCAAACCCACCUCAGAGGAUACAAAAAAGAGAAAAGGAAUUGAAAUACCUCUUUCUUUGGAAGCGUUAGAAUCAGAAUCAAAACCAAUGGUUGAGGAGGAAAAUCAAGAAAAUUCCAAAAAGUUCUCACCUAAAACACAAGUCAAGCUCGAAAAGAAAGUACCUGUCAAACAAGAGAGAUCUCACGAGGAAGACGAUGAUGCUCCAAAAAUUGUUGUUGAAUACAUUAACCUUAUUAAGGUAAAAGAUGAAAAGCCAGCAUCACAAAACACCUAUACUGGAUUCAAUGCAAAAAGAUUUAAGAAAUCAAGAGUCAAAACUUCGACGUCCGUAAUCUCUUCAAGCUUCUCCUUCGCUCCUCCUCCCCAAGAGUCCAUGAAUUUCGAUGAAGUGACUUCUCCCAAGCAACUUGCAAAAGAGCAAGAUUUCAUUACAACAACUCCAAAGCAACAGAAGGAAGAAAAGAUUAUGGUAACACCACCAAGCUCAAGCAAGAAAGAAACCACCUCGAGCGUCACGAAUGCCAUUGGAAUUGAUGAGGAAUCUGAUGACUCGGAUGACGAAGCAAUUACCCUUUCGAAAGUGUCAAGGAAAAAAAGAUAA